AUGAGUUAUUUCGAGAAACUGCCAGAAGCCAUUGUAUAUGAAGCAUCUAGCACGAAGCCCUGGUACACCGAGCCUAGUAGCAUGAAGACAGAUCCCAUCAUAAUUAAUGAUGAAUCGAGCACAAAGCCCGAACCUAGGAGCACGAAGAGAAAUCCUAUUAUGAUUGAUGAUGAAUCUAGCCUAGCCAUUAAAUUUGGUGAGCUGUUAGAGGAGUUGACUUAUGACACAGCCUAG